AUGAUGCUAUUCCUCAAGAGUUUUCCGUUCUCGACGAGAGCAGAGAUGGCAACUGUAGCUGGUUUGCUAGCUACGCUUGAUCUACCAAAAACUGUUGGUUCCGCUGUGAUCAACGAACUCGUCAAUUGUUUCCAGCUAGAAAUAAGGAUAUCCCAGAUUCUUCUCGCUGAGGAGGGUAGGGAUAGCGUUCCUCCAUCUUCAACGAACUGUCUUGCUAAAGGAGAAGGUUUUGUUGUUAUUAUUGCUGCAGUUGAGAGGCUUCUGAUGCCUUUAUUGCAGCUGUUUGUUGUUAUUGCAAGAGUUCUUCGCCAUUCUCAACAUCCUCGCAGUAUGGUCGAGUGGAGGUUUUCAGGCCUCUUUCUCGUGGUUUUUGGUGAUUUUGACUGUCGCGAGUGCGUACGAGGAAAAGGAAAACGCAGACUUCUUCUCCAGCGUAUUCAAGCCCUCAAUGUCGAACAACAGCAGUCACUUGCAGAACAGCUGGAGGCAAAGAUUACAGACAAUCAACGAGAGUACUUCCAAAAAUGCAUCACCGAGCUCCUUGCUGCGAAGACUGGCAAUGAUUCUGAAAGGGAACGCAGCGCCACAGAAGGCUCUCAGAGGACAAGAGACAGUUCGCGGUCAGGACACGGCGCAGGACAUGGCGCAGACAACAGCGAGGACACGGCGCAGGACACGGCGCAGGACACGGAGCAGGACACGGCGCAGGACACGGCGCAGGAUACGGCGCAGAACACGGCGCAGACAAGAUCGCAGGGCAACAGCGCAGACAACAGCGCAGGACACGGACACCGCGACGGCAUAGAUUCUGCAACCCCUCAACUCGCGAUACUAGGACAGGUCUUCCGGAUGCCGUCUACGAUCACACGACGCCUUGAAUCUUCUACAAUACCUACUUCAACGGGUGCUCUCGUUCCCAACCCAAUCGAAUACUUUAAAGAAAACCGACAUAUUUUCACAAGCGCUUCCAUUGCUGUAUGCAAUCGCAUCUUCCCUGACUAUCUUGCCAGAUCCAUCCCAAAGCGAGCCAAGCCUGAUACAGUUGAAGCAGCAGUCUCAAUGGUAGUUCUAUCACAAGACUUUCCAGGGUGCCUGCUAAGGAUAGAGGUCACAAGUAGCAAGAUUGAAUACAUUGCUUUGCACUUAUUUCACACACGACUAGAGAUGGCGGAUGGUCGUCGUUAUCUAUGUCUAGAGAAUGGUCAAGAGGUUGCUCCCUAUCCUUGCAUUACGCUCCAAGAAUGCUUUCUCGAAUCCAUUGCUAGCUUCUUCGGCUAUUAA